UGAAGAGAUGUUUGAAUAGCUCAGUCUGGUGCUUAAAGAAGCAUUUAAAUGAAAGGAAAACAAUCCAACCUGAACCCUUAUGGUUACUAAUCAGCUUCUCUUGCAGUCACGCUCCUACUUUGCUUCAUGGGGAUCCAAAAUGUCCUGCUGUUAUCGCAGAGCCGUUCACUAAAACCAGAGGCAGGCCUUCACUCUGUAGACACUAUGCUGGUUUUCUACUUCCUACGACUGAAACAGACAGGCCUGUGUAAAUCAUAACUUCAUAUCAUACAGAUUUGAACGCACCCCCCUUUUUUCCCAAAUGUUGGGAUAACAUCUGGCAUUUGGUAUUAGAGAAAAACUAGUAAAGAAGGUGGCUUGUUAGGGAAUAAAAUAUCCCAUCCCUAUAAUGUUCAGGAGCAUUGAAUUAAUUUAAAACCUGAAAAUAAUAAAAGACGUCUUCCACCGUGCGCACGUACAUCCAGCCACUUUUAUGCCAGCGUGUGUGAAUGGGCGCAAAUUGGAAAUGUUCCUGACUGUAGUGAAUAUUGAAAGUGUAUCCCAGCUGAACGACUCCCAAAAUACCAAUAUUUUGUUUACACAGGGCUGUCUUUUUAGAGAAACCAUCUCUUCAGUCUGGUGCUUUUAGUCCUCAGGCGACUAUUUUUUUCCAGGAAGCCUUCCGAUCCUCUGACCUUCCUCAGAUACCAGCUGACAACUGGACACAUGCAGUCAAUGCUCACACACACACACAAAUACAUACACAUAUAUUUACAAGAAUUAACAAUAAACCAGCAGGUUCAACCUUUUUUCCAUCAUGUUUACUCUCCGUUUAUAAAACCAACCUUCAGGUGCUUUUUAGAACUCUUUAAACUCUUUUUUACAUAACUCUUGCAGGUUACGCACACACACACACACACACACACAGACACACACUAAUGCAGAAACAGAAACACACACACAUGCUGGAAACACAGUGCCGUCUUAAAGCUUUCUCCUUCCACUACAACACACACAGACACACACACACACACACACACACACACACAUGCAUACAAACUGUGUUUUUGCCGGCCGCCGGUUGCCAUCAGGCUUGGUGCUCCAAGACUCCCCCCCCCUUUCACAACCCCCUCCCCCCCAGGUGCUGCAUGUCAGUCAGUCAGUGUAAUCUCUGAAUCCAUGUUAGAUUAGGGAGUAAUGAUAAUAAUAAUCAUGGUAAUAAUAAUUACAAUAAUAAUCUGUUAUCGUGUGUGUGUACUGUUCCAGGUUGGUGCUCAGUUCAGUCUCAGCCUAGAGAGGAAGGAGAGGCUCGAGAAAGCAUAUAUUACAGUUAGUAUAGUGACUUGUUCUAUUGUACCGAAGGAUGCUGAAAGACAUUUUGUUAAAGCACACUCUCAAACAGCAGCGGGUUGAAAUGACACAGAAUGGAGUGUUGUUGAUGACAAAUAUAGAAGAAAACACAGAAAUCCUGACAUCUGGGGGAAAAUGAAGUAAAUACAAGGACAGGAAAGAAAAAUAAAGGAAGUCGACUGCAACAUAAAAUUAACGGAUUUCCUAUUUUUUUCUGACACUAAAUUAUCAGUUAGCAAUAAUUAACUUUAUCAAAAACUCUCAUUAUAAAAUAUUCACAAACUGGUCACAAAUUUCCCGAGCAAAAUGUCAAUCAUGUGUUUCUUCAGCAGUCAAAAGCACAUUGAUGUUCAGGUUACUGGAGCUAAAUAAUUUGUUGAAGACACAUUUUCAUCUCUGUUUUAGUUUCACCCUACUGCUUUUCUCAUAUGAAUUCAAAAAACCAAGCAGAGAAUACAAACUGUUUAGCACAUGUAAUUCAACUUGGUAUUUAUCAGGCCUCUGAGGGGUCAACAGAUGAAUUCGGAGACAAGGAUACACAGUUGUCAGACAAGUGUUUAAGUAACAAAUCAAACCCCAAAGAGAACUGACGGUGUUUGUGUUUGUUAAUAUGCUCUGUUGAACAUUAAAGAGGAUCCACUUCUUUGACAAGCACAUCUACAUUUCAUUUUGUGUGAUGUCAACACAUCUGUUUGAGAGUGCAGACGAAUUAAAGCAAGAAGAAUGGAGACGGUAUUUCUAAACGAUGGGAGACUCGGUGAUGGUGUUUAUGUUUGCCUAUCAACAGCUUUUAGGCUGAGUGAUGCGCUGUUUUCAACACUGAUACACUAACAAACAUAAAACUCUCAAAACACUGUUAUUAACACACACAAACGCAGAGAUACAUGCACAACAUCGACACACAUACAAUGCUGUGGCGCAUGCAGACACUCAUCUCAUGGACUUAAGGAAAGAUGAGCUUUUAGGAAAAAGGAGGACCUGGUGGUGUUUCAAAAGGUGCUAAAAUUUUAUCUGAAAAUAAGAAAAAUAUAUUGUUAGGAGUAUAAAUCAAGUUUGUCUUUACAAUGACUGUAUUUAAGUUUGUCGUAGUAAUGAAAAGGCACUAUUAUUAUUUUACUCUUGUAUGAAUAUGAAAUAAUUAAAAAGGCAUUUUAACUUUGUACUUGAACAAUGUAAGAAAUGAACCGUGAAUAAAAAAAAAGGACUGUUUCUUGUGA